AUGGAAGCUACUCCACCGUGGCUACGAGACGCUCUCCGCUUCGCGUUGACAGCAACACCGUCGACCCCAGCACCGUGGUUCCAGCAUGAAUACGACAGCUUCAAAGCCGCUGGCGGCGGCCCCCUUGUAGAUCCUGAUGACCCUGGAAAAGACCCACGCUUUAGGAAACUAGUCGUUGCUAUCCUAUUUAGUCGGAGGCUUCUGAAUACCUACAAUCUGGUCCUGGUGGCCGUCUUGUUGGUGUUUUCGAUAUGGCACUGGGGCGAGAAGUUUAUGAUGCACCGGUGGAGACGGGCAGCUACCACCCAGACACGCAAUAACGAGGCCAACAGCACAGAGGAUGCAGAAGCCUGGAGCAGCUCAAGCAGCACUAUAGAAGGCAGUGCAACACCACCGGAUAGUACCACUGUGAAGACAUCCAACAGCGCCAACGAAUCCAGUCCUCUGCUUCCUUCACGACGACCGCAGCCCAAGCCCGUUGGUGUAUGGAGACCAUUUUACAUACUCAAGGCCGCUCUCCAAUACCAACCGCCUCGCAUACCCGUCAUCAACAAAACGCUUCCUACCAACGCCGUCUCACUGCUUGUCCUCGCAUGGGUUGGCUUGAACAUCUUCUAUAACCUCUACCGCAUGCCCUUGACCUUCUUCUACCUCUUCGUAUUUGCCGACCGAUGUGGCCUCAUCUUCGUCGCAAAUCUGCCUUUGCUAUACCUUCUAGCCGCAAAGAAUCAGCCCAUCAAGUUUUUGACAGGCUAUUCUUACGAGAGCCUGAACAUCUUUCAUCGAAGGGUUGGUGAACUCAUGUGCUUGGAGGCUUUCUUGCACUUUUUAGGCAUGAUAGCCGUAUGGUACGGGAUGCUGAGACAUCUGGGUUUCACGCUGGUCAAGUUCCUGUUCAACCGUGUGGUUCUUCUAGGCUUGGCUGCCUUCAUCGCAUACGAGUUGAUCUACUUUACGAGUCUAGGCAGUUUCCGGCAGAGGUGGUACGAGAUAUUUCUGGGCCUUCACAUAGUGCUCCAAGUCGCCGGACUGGUGUUCCUAUGGUUCCACCACCACACCUCCAGGCCAUAUGUUGGUAUUUCCCUUGCCAUCUUCCUUAUCGACAGACUCGUGUAUCGGCUGUGGCUGAAAUCGAGCACGCAUCCCGCAACCCUUACCGUCCUCGAAGAUGACGAAACCUUCCUCGUCUCCGCAAACUGGGAAGUAGCUUCUCGAAAGUCUGCACUAGCACCGAAGAACAUGAGGCAAGGAUGGAAACCGAAUGAACACAUCUUCCUUACUGUACCCGCCUUGUCCCGAAAACACGCCAUACAAUCUCAUCCGUUUACCAUAUUUUCCGCUGCUCCGACAACAACAAACGACGAUUCGCAAGGAAAACACGCAUGGUUCACCCUGCUUAUUCGCGCCCAAGCCGAAUCAGGCUUCACUCGUACCCUCCUCCAACACGCCCGCACCACCUCGCAAACCCGCAUCCGCCUUGAUGGUCCCUAUGGCUCCUCCCACGCUCUGGAUAUGCUUGAAGCUUCUAAUACUACCAUUCUCAUCGCAGGCGGCUCUGGAAUUGCAGUCGCAUAUCCCCUUGUUCACUCCCUUCUCUGCCCCUCUUCAACCGAUCCCGAAACCGCUUCCAUCCGCACCAAGAGGAAAGUCAAGUUACUCUGGAUUACUCAUGCGCCCGACCACCGCCUGUGGAUCCCGGACAGUAAACUUGAGGAACUCGAAAACUGGGGCUUGGACGUACUCAUUCCGCCCCCGACUAGUACGGCCGGACGACCAAAUGUCGGAUAUAUUUUGAGGGAGUGGGUAGAGCAGGAAACAAGGAAAGGGGGCAGAACGGGUGUUGUGGUUAGUGGGCCUGAUGGAUUAGUGAGGGAUGUGAGGAAUACGUGUGUGAAGAUGAUAUACAAUGGUAGAGAUGUAGAUGUUCAGGUUGAGAAGUUUGGGUGGUGA